CCUCCCAAUAGCAUUUGUGUAGAUCAGACAGAGACCAAGAGGGUCCAGUUUAAUUCUGUCUCUAAUCUCUGCAACAGCGGCAGCACAGCUCCUACUUCUGUCUCCCCCCAGUCCCUCCCUAUUCUCUCUCACUCUCCAAACGGAGAUGUCAGACUGUCUGCACAAUGGCAGCAGCAGCACAUAGGAAAGUGUCGGGCUACCUUUGUGUUGUAGCAAGAGCCUGAUCAUCACAGGAGGAAGAAGGAUCCCAAGAUGAAGACACUGCUGCGCCAUGGGCUGGCAGUGUUCUUAGCACUCAGCACCUUGUUGAUCAUGUACAGCAGCAUGGGCAAUGAGAAGGAUCAGAACAACCUGCGUGGAAGAAACAUUACAAGACACAAGGAGUCCCUCUCCGACCCUGUCCUGGAGGGCUAUAUCAGCAUCUCAGAACACAAGCCCCUGAAAAUGCACUGCAAGAUAUGUGCGUUAGUAACCAGCUCUGGGCACCUGCUGGGAAGCAAACAGGGUAAUAAGGUUGACCAGACGGAGUGUGUAAUACGAAUGAAUGAUGCUCCCACAAGGGGUUAUGGACAAGAUGUUGGAAACAAAACAAGCCUUCGAGUGAUUGCACACUCCAGCAUUCAGAGGAUUUUAAGGAAUCGCAACGAACUCUUGAACAUAAGUCAGGGGACUGUAUUUAUCUUUUGGGGCCCAAGCAACUACAUGCGGAGGGAUGGAAAAGGCUUACUUUAUAAUAACCUACAGCUGAUAAACAGGAUACUACCUCGAUUAAAAGUACACACAAUUACACGACACAAGAUGCUUCAGUUUGAUGAGCUCUUCAAAAAAGAGACUGGAAAAGACAGGAAGAUUUCCAACACUUGGCUUAGUACUGGAUGGUUUACUAUGUCAAUUGCAUUAGAACUCUGCGACAGGAUCAAUGUUUAUGGAAUGGUUCCACCUGAUUUCUGCAGAGCUCCCAACCAUACAUUGGUACCUUAUCAUUAUUACGAGCCUAUGGGACCAGAUGAAUGCACAAUGUAUAUCUCACACGAGCGAGGACGAAAAGGAAGCCAUCACCGGUUUAUUACAGAGAAGCGUGUCUUUGCUAACUGGGCACGGACCUUUAAUAUCCACUUUUAUCAACCAGACUGGAAACCUGACUCACAUUCUGGAAGGCACAUGCUCAUAAAACCAAUGUUCUGAAGACAUUUACAUCUAGAGGCUGUGAGCAAGCGAGCACCAGGCCCGGACUGGCAAUCUGUGGGCUCUGGCAAAUGCCAGAGGGGCUGCUAUAAGGUGCCAUAGUAAGUCAGUAUUUAGUGGGCUGGUGGGGGCUGUUUGGGCCUCUGAGUGGGCUGAUUGGGCCUCUGUGUACCUCAAAUGCCAGGGCCAAUUUUAAUUCUCAAUCCGGACCUGGCGAGCACUUAUCUUACACCGUCACCAAAACAAAAGAAAGAAUAUGUUGAAAAUAAAAGGCAAAACAAAUAAUCAUUUUAAGAGUAUGGAUCAGGCAAAUCUGCAUUGGACUAUGUUCCCGUUCUGUUUUGUUUUUGCCUCCAUGACUUGCGUGUAUGUAAAUAAGAAACACAAAGCAGUCUGUCCUUGACUAUUGCACUAGAAGUAAAAGGCUGCAUUUCUAUGGGUAACUAAAUCCAGAUAGAUUUUAUAUGUAUUUCUGAAAUAAUUGAAACCUUUCAGAUGAGAUGCACACUUCCUAUAUUUCACCUUAUAAUGGUUGUUUUACUGGCUGGAUGUAUUGUACUGAAAUAUAGAUUUUUUUU